AUUAUUGCCUUGUGGCUCUUAUCUCAUCUCAAAUGGCAAAAAUCUAGCUUUGUGAACCAAAAAUAAGUGGCGCACAUGGGCGCAAAUCUUAUCCAAAAUGAGUGCAAAAAAUUGCUAAUCACAAAAGUACUCAUGCCACAUGCUUUGUAGUGCUACGUAGCUCAAGAAUGGAAACACAAAGACAUGAGUGCUUCUAUUUCCUCUGCUCUCACCACCACUCCUUCACGGGUGGCACCGGUCGCCACCAUUGGCCGCUGCUAUAAAACCCUUUUCCCCUCCAACACUUUUACCACCCCAUAUCAUGGUAGCUACGGUCGCCACCAUCACCAUCCUUUUUUACUAAGAGUUAAACAUGAAUCACAGAGGACUGAAUUGUCUCCUGAAGCUACAAUGCAAAAAGCUGAAGCAGAUAAGAUUGUUGAUGGAAUGGAUUUUGGUGAGCUUUGCAAUGAGUUUGAAUGCAUCAGUAGCCCCUUAGUAGAAUCCACAGCAAGACAACUUGUUCGCGACAUCCUUGAGCUUCGCGAGGGCAAUCGUGCUCUCGGAACUUAUGCAGUUUCUGUCAAAUACAAGGACCCGGUCAGAAGUUUUAGCGGCAGGGAGAAAUACAAAAGACCCUUAUGGAUAACCAGUGCUCUGGAGAAUCCUUCCGUGAGUGUGCAGGAAAUGGUAAUGUUAUCUACUAGUAUCCUGAGUAUCAAAUGGACGAUAAGAGGGAGACCGAAAUCAUUCAUGGCGACUGUGGGAGGAGAUCUGAUAGUAAAAAUCAAUUCCAAGUUCACUUUAAACCAGAUUAGUGGGCAGGUGAUUGAGCAUGAAGAAAUGUGGGAUUUGUCAGCUUCAUCCCCUCUUGCUCAAGCAUUUUUCUGGGGGUCGCGACGUUUAUACGCCACCACUGAGGCAGGAAAAGAUUUUGCCGAUCUUAUCAAGAACUUGAAAAGCCGAAUUUCAACUCCCCAAGAGAACUUGGAGAUUUAUCCGGACCCUUCUGGUGAUCCUACAAAGUUCUUCCAAAGGGAUGACGGCUUCCAGAGAGAUUUAUACCAGAUUGCUCUGCUUUUGUCAGUCCUCUAUUUUGUUGUACAGUUCCUGAGGACAACCUUGUGAACCCUGCCUGCUGCUUGGCUUGGUUAUGCAAUUGUAGUUAUAAUUGUAAUUAUCUUAAUAUAUAUACAUAUAUAUAACUGUAACAUUUAUAUAGUUUUGUAAUCAUAAUCACCGCAAUUUUCCUUUUUUUGUGGGGGUUUAGAAAUCUGGCCAUGUAUAAUUUUUAUAUUUUGUAUGUAACUCACUCAGCUGUUUGAGUUGUAGCUAGACUGGUAAUAAGAAUUUUGAAUGUUUUGAUAGGGA